GUGAAAGACUGACCUAUUUUGGAUAAAAGCUAUCCGGGCUACGAGAAGAGAACUAGCUAGUGGCGCUUGAAACUCCAACUGCUACAUCGAAUGAUAAGUUUUUCUUGAAAGGAAAGAUCAUUGGAAUACGUGUUCCAGUAGGGUCAUAUUUAGGAGAGAUUCCAAAUCAAAGAAGCAGAAACAGAGGAGGGCAGGAAAAUUGUGAGAUCAGUGGGGUGUGUGGAGGUGUGUCUCCCCCACCGCUGCAAGUGUUGGCCAAAUAUGAUGUGCGUGCGGCCUCCCCUCCUGGUGUGCGAGUGAGUGAGUGAGUGGGGCGGGGAGCGACAUGAGUGUUGGCUUUGGCGCUGGCUUGCGGGGCACUGGCACUGGCAGGGCAGUUGUUGUUUGUUGAGUCGCGGUGCGAUGGUCGUGCGGAUAGGCCGACUGCUGUCGCUGUGGCUGUUGCUGUGGCCGGCAGCCGGAGGCGACAACGUGACGACCGCAGCCAAGUGCGGUCCAUGUCAGCGACACGAGGAGCUGCGUAACAUCAGUCUGGCGCACAUCAAGAUGCAGGUGCUGGAGAAGCUGGGCCUGAAGCAUCCGCCCAACGUGACCGGCCGCAGUCGCGAUCUCCACGACAAGCCGCAGCUGCGGCAGUUGAUGAACAUGUACGGACUGGCGGCGGCUGCGCGGGAACGGGACCGAGAGACGCAGCCGCAGCUGCACACGCCUGGCAUGCUGGGCGAUCAGCCGGAGCAACAGCAACAGCAGCCAUUCAGCAGGCCCCUGCAGCCCGAUGAUGAUGACGACCACGCCAAAACUGAAUUUCCAUUAUUUUCGAAUAAUCCAUCAAUUUCAAAUCUGUGGAUUUCCAUUCUAGUCAAAUCUGUUCAUUCCAUCUAUGUUGGAGCUCCAUAUUCACAAGUCAGGUUUGAUAGAGAUUUUAAGAAUGAUCCGAAAAUCCGCCACGGCUGGCGAGGGCAGAAUAUCCUGUUCUUUAAGUUCUCUGAGAAGAUAUCGCUGCACAGGGUGGUUGCCGCUCAGCUGUGGGUGUACGUGCGUGCGCCCAUCGAGUCACCCAUCAACAUCAGCGCCCUCAAAGUGCUGAGGGGUGGGGGAAGCGCCGAGGAGCCGUCUGUGUCGCCCAUCGAAGGGCUCAAGACAGUUCGACCGAACGGCACGGAUGGCUCGUGGGUUUCUCUAGAAGUAAGGCGAUUGGUGGCCGAAUGGUUCAAAUUUCCGCGGGAAAACCUCGGCAUGAUCGUGCAUGCUGUGGGUGCCAGGGAACAUCAAGUCGUUACCGACAUUGAGGAUGACAAGGUACCGUUCCUGGAAGUGCACACAUCAGACCCACGACGCCUGCGCACGAAACGCACGAUCGGCCUCAACUGCGACGAGAACUCGGAGGAGACACGCUGCUGCCGCUUUCCCCUCACCGUCGACUUCGAGGAGUUCGGCUGGGACUGGAUCAUCGCGCCGAAGAAGUACGAGGCCAACUACUGCGCGGGAGACUGUCCCUACGUCUUCCUGCAGAAGUAUCCGCACACACACAUUGUCGCGCUCGCAAAUCCAGCCGGGACCGCCGGCCCAUGCUGUGCGCCGCGCAAGAUGUCUGCCAUCUCCAUGCUCUACUUCGACCAGGAGCUCAACAUCAUCUACGGUCUCCUGCCCGGCAUGGUCGUCGAUCGGUGCGGCUGCUCCUAAGGCAGCACCCCCACCCCCACUCACACUAAGAGCCAGUGUUUUGUGAGUUGCAAACAAUCUGAAAACAUCAAAAGAUAAUGCUCCAUGAUUCUAAAGAGGAUAAAAUCUCGAAAUUCAGCAUCUAAUAAAGUUAUUGAAUUACUUGGAAAAUGAUCUGUGAGUUGCAAAAAAUUUGAAAACAUCGAAAGCCAAUGUUCUAUGACUCUAAAGAGAAAGGAAAACCGGAAAUCAUCAUCUAAUAAAGUUAUUGAAUAAUUAGUUAAUUAUUGAUCAGUGCGACCUGAAAACUCUGACACUUAACCUAAGUCAACCAGGUCACUACUUAUUGGAUAUAAAAUUACCAAACUACUUGAGAUUUUUAUCCAUCAUACCAAUAAUCAAUGUUUGAAGUUUCCAACUUCCCUUAUAUUUUUCCUGAUCCAAGCUCUACUUCAUCGUGUGAAAGGAAUUUCUCGGAAAACGAAUAAUGAAAACUUGACAAUAUUCGUCUUGGAUCCUGAAAAUUGGGGCUCGAACUUCAUAUGGGCUGAUCUUCAAAUUGUUUUUUUUUUGUGACGUAAUAAUUAUUCGAAAAUAUUAAGUAUCUCAAGCAUUAAAAAAUAUCGUAAUUUUCAACUCACAAUACUCUGGUUCUGUUUAUGAGUCUAGAGGUGAUAGAAUUUUUUUCAGAGGGCGAUGACAUCGAGUAGAAGAUGAUAAAAUCUGUAGUGGAAGAAGGAGGAGAAUACUUGUGAUCAACUCUCUCAGAAUAUCAAGAGAAUCGUUGUACUUCAGUAUACUGGAAAUGUGGAUUGAAAUUGAAGUUAUGACCGGGAAAUUUAUCAUUUCUCUCUCUGACGAGCAUGAGGGGGAACAAAUUUCAUUGAGCAUUCAUUGGGAGGAAGCCAGGAUGAUUAAAAUUCACUCAGUAUAGAAAACUCUAUAUCCUGAUGCAACGUGAGUCUGGGCGAAAUCAGUCUUGAUGAUAGUUGAUAGACUUGGUUUAUGAAAAAUGUAAUUUUUUUCAUAUUCGGUGAAAAGAACAACAAAACAGUAUGAGAAUUUGGAGAUUGUUCUCAACGUUGCUCAAUAUUUUUCUUCAAAUCAAAUUUUAUUCGACAAAAUCAUCCGUGGCAGGAUGACAGGAAUCAAUCUGUGCGGAUAUAUAUGUGACUAUUUUGAAAUUUGAGAAUAAACUACAACUUUUCACAUCAAAUCUCCACAACCAUCAAACGUUUCCGAUAGGAGUAGAAAUCGUGAGUCAUAAUAAUAUUACAAAUGCAUUUUGUUUCGUGAAACAACAAAAUAUUAGUUUGAAAUCAAGUGUGUACUUAAACCAGUGACAAUUUCAAUAUUUGUGGAUUGAUUCCUGCAAACUUAGCACAAUGAACAAUAAUAAAUAUUACGAAAUUCACUAAACAUAUUUUAGAUGUAGCUGCUUCUUCAUUUAUUUUACAGCAUAGGCCUAUCCUCGUGUGAUUGAUCUCCUUGCGUGACAUUAAGUUUCGUUUUAGUAUUUUAGUUUUAGAAAUCAAUUGAAUAGCUAUUGUGAUGUCAUUAACAAACGUAUAAUAUGAUAAUAAUUAUUGUGAAAUAAAAAUGUAUACUCUGAUUCUGAGACUCUCGAGCGAAUUCAUCAAUGAAGUCUGGAAUCAACUCAGCUGUAACUCAUUGGCUUCAUUAAUGAAGAGGAAUAGCGUAGUUUCGGUAUCUAUCAUAGUUACAUUCUCAGUCAGUUACAAUUGAAUUAAAGAAAGAAGACAAUUGUGUUUGUAUUGUGUUUUUACUUCAUUAUGGUUGGAUUAAAAUUCUUGAAAAUAACUAAUUUGAUAUAUGUUAUCAUAAUUCAGAAAACAUAAAGUGCUGACUCAAAUCUUUGCUCUUUGGCUAAUAGUGUGUUUGAAUUGGUGUUUAUUUCUUUAUCAAUGACAAAUGAAGUAGUAUUGAGAGUCUCAGAAAAUUAAGAAUAGAGGGUUUUUAUCCACUUCUAUAAAAUAAUAUGUAAUCACAUUGUGAUAGAUUGGAGCCGGCUAAACUUUCAGUAUUUUUAUAAGUGAUAAUUUUAUAUGUAGGCGGUUGUAAAAUUCUCCUUUAGUUUGUAAAGUUCAUCUAUUUCAUACCAACCGAUUUAAAUAGAUUCAAUGCUGCCUCACUUCUCUUAUAGCAAUCAUUCAUGAGGAGUAAAUGAAUUUUUUAACUUAAAUUUUGGCUCCUCCUCAAAACUCACUGAGAAAGAAAUUAAAUUUGAAAAAGUCUCUCACAGUGAAAUGGAAUAUUAAAUUUAUUUCUUUUGAGAAAAAAGUAAACUCAAUAACUGAAUUCAAUGGGAAAGAAUUCUAAAUUUAUUUUAUUCAAUUUUGAGCUACACAUUAAAGGAAGUUAUAGCCUGUUAUUCUUAGUAUUUCACAAUAAAAUUACUUGGUUUGGCCAACAAUAAUUUAAUUUCAAUUGAGAUUCGCAGAAUCAAUUAUUCUUAGAAACUUAAAUGGUAUGAGUGUGUCAUAAAUUUGUAGUUAUACAGUCCAAUUUGAGUGCAUGUUGAACUAUUAAGAUGGAUUAAUCAAAUAUUUCUUUAGUUUAAGCAAUUAAUUGAUUUUGUUAGAAUUAAGAUAAUACAAGAUGUCAUUGUGAUGGAUUCAUGCUUACUAUUAGGCUCAUUACAUUAUCAAUAAGAUCACAAUCAGAAUAUAUCGAUGUAUUCUGAAUUGAUACAAAUUAUAUGAUAUACUGUAAUAUACUAGAUGAAUGAUUAGCCUAUCCAGUAGCGUACAAUAUGUCAUGAAAUAUAAAAUUACACUUUUUAGUUUUCACUCCAGAAUUUCAAAAAGAUCUGAAUUUCUGUAUCUUGAAAAAAAUCAAAAUAACACAUUUAUUUGAAAAGUUCAUUGUGAUAUGAAUAGAAAAUUUGUGUUUUGAAUGAUCAAUAUUUCUACUCAUGAUCAUUUCAAAUCAUUAUGAUGAUUAUAAUUAUCAGAAUGGUAUUGAACAUUAACGCUAAGUAAUUCUCUCUCAAAAUUACUAAUAACUCUGGAUAACUUGAUACUGUUGAAUUGAAUUAACAAAUUAACUUGGAAAUUCUCUAUCACAUUAUGACAGUUUUACGCAACAGUUUGUUGCGUACUCCAACAACACUCUUUAUUGAAUGGUAGACUAUGAAAAAUAAUUAUUUAUAAAUUAUCAUUUUCAUAAAUUUCUAAUGUAUCCAUUGUUACUGCAUACUUGGAAUAUGAAUAUUAAUAUUGGACACAUUUUUCAUUGCUCUCAGAGAAAACUUCUUACGGGUAGAAAAGAUUAUGAGACCCUUAUUAUUCUUCUCUGUUAUAAAUUCAAUUAUUAUUCCCUUAAUAUAUGCAUUUUUAUAGCUAUCACAAAAUAAAUGUGUUCAUUCAAGUUGAAAUUAUUGAAGAAAUUUUAAUCAUCCAUUUUGGAAAUUAUUUAUUUUGAACGUAUGAUUGAAUGUUGUAAUUUUAGCAUGAUUAAUAGUAACUUGAAACAAUAAUCUAUAAGUUGAAGUGUGAUCAAUUGGUGGUUAUAUCAGUAACUAAAUGAUAUAUUAUAUGUGAUGGUAAUAUGAUAAGGUAGGAGAGGUAUCUAUGUCGAUGUCAUUGGUAGAGCUUCAAAAGAUGAAUAGAACUUUCUUUCACUAGUUCACAAACACUAUACGAAAAAAUACUGUUAAAUGUUGAAUUUACAAAUGAACUUGAAACUUCAGUGUCUUAUCCAUGCUGACCAACCAAAGUUUUGACUUUGGGAAUCAACAAAAAUAAUUGAAAGUACCGUAGUUGAAUAUAAUUACUUGGAUGAGGAUAAAGAGAGAGUACCUAAGUAUGUUAAGGAUCAGGGAAAAAUUACUUGGAGUUCUACAAAUAAAACAUAGAAAAACACCACAUGGAAUACUACAGUCAUUAUGACUCUCAGUUCAACUUCAUCAAUGUUUAAGUUGAAUCCUUUUUGCCAAAUUUUGCACAUGUUGAAGCAAUCCAGUUCACUUUCCAUGUGUUCAACAUAUUUUCUCCCAACCUUUUUACAUGUGAAGGACACGGAGUGUCAUCUUCUUUGAUAACGUUAUUCGUGGUACAUAGAAAAAAGUCCUUAACUGCUGUUUUAUGACCUAAAUCUCACAGCGAAACUUUCCUUUCAAUAUAACUAUCAAACGUCUCCCUUCCUCAUGUAUUUAUCAUACCACUCAUUUAUAUUAAAAAUUCUAUACACAUCGAAUCACUCUCUUUCUCAGCUGGUACUAUAAUUCUUUAUGAGAAUGGAUUUUAAUCGACUAAUCAGAUUCAUUUAUCUUUGAAAUCACUCUUGUUUCACCUACCUCAACUGACUGGAUCAAUAGCACUAGAAUUCAAUUACCUACAAAUUCCUCUCCUCUUGUACCCAAGAUCACUACUUAUACAUCACUUGUCAAAAGAGUUGAUAUCAUACCGUUACACCAUUCCACUUUCCCUGUUUUUCAUUGAAAACUCCUUGUAGUUCAUGAUUUCCCUAUUUUUCAUAUUCUUCUAUUUCUAUAAAAAAUCCCUCUAUAUCGUACUUUGUGGUCGAUAUCCUUCAAUUUCAAACUCUCUCUAUUUUUCUUUUCGAUUUUACUUCCUGCCCUUUCUUUACCGUUCAUUCUGAAUUUGAUUGAUGUCUUUUUUGUUUGGCCCUUCAUUUGGAAUGAUUUUCAUUGAGUAUUGAGAAUUCACACUUGAUAAUCAUUAGUUGAUAUUGGAAGAACAAAAGCUUUCGAAAAAUGUUCCUGAAUCACUCUGUACCCAUCUAGAUCUUCAUAUUUUCAUUUUUUAAAUCGAGGAAUUCAUCUUCGAUCAUUUAUUUGACAAUCUAUUCAAUCCAACAAUUAACAUAAAUUUUCCCAUUCCAUCCACUAUUGGUAUCAGACUAUGGAUUGGGCCUCUCCAACAUUCAUUUAUUUAUCUAAAAAUUAACAUUUUUCCUAUUUCAUCCACUAUUGGUAUCAAACUUUGAAUUCGACCUAUCUGCUAUCUUCUGAGUGGAGCACAGGAACAGUGGCUAGCCAAACAUGUGUUGGAAUAGAUUUUUUCUAGCAAAAAAUGAUACUCAAAGUACAAACCGCGACGGCACGUUCCCACGGAUUUUUUGCAGCACUUGUACGUUCAUCCACCUUGUUCUAAAUAGUUAUCAGCGCAGGUUAAUCGCAGCUGUGCAUUUUUUUGCUCGUCCUAAUUGAAGUUUGGCAAUCGCGCAAGAAAAGAUGGCGGCUCGUUGAUUAAGUGUCCCAUUUCGUGAAAUUAAUCGUCGACAGUUUUGCAGAGGAGAACAAUGGAGCCGCUGUUUCCCAGAGUACUCGUGCGACGUCCGUCGAAUGGCAAUGCCAGUCAUUCGCCAAUAUUUAAAUUUGCCAAUGCUCUCUGAAUUAAAAAAUUAAACACUGCGCUGACAGCUACAUGAUCCACGACUUGGGUGCCAAAAUAGAUUCACUAGCUCUUGAAAAAAAACCAUAUGAUUUUUGUGACGGGGAUAAAAAUUGGGUUAGAGUUUCACGCGAAAUCUCUCUGUGUCCCCAUCCCCCAUCUGCUGGCUUCUGGCUUCUAGAGCAGCUGAGCGUGGAAGAAGCAGAUGUCCGUUUUUCAAGUACAGCAUCUUCUUUGUUCCACUGAAGGUCGUUCAUCCAAAAGCUCAGAAAAAAACCUGUUAAUGCAGGCCUAUGAAUCUGGAUAUUCGCAUCAAUUAUUGUUCGGUACUUUGCUGUUUAAUCGUUACAAUUAUGACAGUUAAAUUUGUGAAUUGCAUACUAUUCAAUCCAUGACUACCUUUGCAUGGAUUAAGUUUCUAGCUCAUAAUUCAAUUCAAUUCAUCAAGAUGAAUUCGUAAUUACAGGCUAUUUUACGAUUGUGACAGUCAAGUCUUAUUAGUAUUCAAUGUGAAUUUCACAUUAUCAAAUCGAUUAAUCUCACUGUUGUCAAUCAAUUGAACGGGAUUAAUUUUCUAUCUCAUAGUAAAUGAAUACAUCAGUCACAAUAAAACUAAUUUGUUCCAGCUCAUAAUCGUGUAAAAUCAUUUGCAGAGAAGUCUUGGAAGCGAGAUAUGAUAUAUUUUUGUAGGGUAUACAGUGUUACCUCUGAGACUGGGCUGUCGAAGGUUUGAAAUACUCAUUUCGCAUCUUAGUUCACGAUAGCAGUUUAGGGAAGAGGAUAUUUCAAGGAAUACCCAUGUCCAUCGAUUGAUUUUUCCAAUUUUUUCUCAUUCAAUAUGUAUGAAAUUCGGACAAAUUAGACUGUCACCAACGAGAAUACUUAGAAAGCUCUAAUGAGAUCCAAAUGAGAGAAGAGUAAACAACUGAACAUAAACAAUGAUCAAAUUUCUCUGGUGAAAAUGAAGUAAUCUUGCGAUGUAUUUUUAAAUGCGAUUCCUUCUCACAAAUGCUUUGUGUUGGUCAGCAGCCUUGUCUUGAAUCCGUGUCUUGAUUAAAAUCGAAUUAUUUAAUUGCUAUAGAAAAUAUAAGGUUUCUAGAAAAACAUUUACAAAUUAAAGACUGUAAUGGAUCUCGGGAAUUAUAAACUAGGGACGGCGUUCUAGGUAGAAAGAUCUUCAGCAAUUGUGAUAAAGAUAGUUGCUUAUUAUAAAUUAAUCAUUAUAUUUAAAUGGAUGAUAUUUCAUUCGAAUUCGAAAGUUAUAGAAUGAGCAGGUAAUAAUAUUGUACUCCAUCUCUUUGAAGAUGAGAUUUGUGUGUUAGAACUAUAUGAUAGGCAAUAUUGUAAAUAUAAUACCACAAGUUCAAGUAUUUUUGUUUGUUAGUUAUAAUAUAAUUUUAUUCUUCUUUA